UUUAGAAUAUUUUUAAUUAGUUAAAUAAUUUAAUUUAGAAUAUUUUCCCAUGGUUACAUGAUUAAUAUUGCUCCCCCCUCCCUUAGCCAAUGAGAAAUUCCACUGGGUUUUUCAUGUGUGAUCAUGUCUGAUCAAAAUCUAUUUCCAUAGUAUUAAUAUUUGCACUAGGGUGAUUAUUUAGAGUCUACAUCCCAAAUCAUAUCCCCAUCAAGUCACGUGAUCAAUCCUAUGUUUUUCUUCUGCGUUUCUACUCCCACAGUUCUUUCUUGGGAUGUGGAUAGCUUCUUUCUCAUAAGUCCCUCUGGAUUGUCCUGAGUCAUUGCAUUGUUGCUAGUAGAGAAGUCCAUUACAUUUGAUUGUACCACAGUGUAUCAGUCUUUGUUCUUUUUGCUCUGCAUCAAUUCCUGGAGGUCUUUCCAGUUCACAUGGAAUCCCUCCAGUUCAUUAUUCCUUUUUAGCACAAUAGUAUUCCAUCGCCAACAUAUACUACAAUGUGUUCAGCCAUUCCUCAUCCAGGGGCACCCCGACAUUUUCCAAUUUUAUGCCACCACAAAGAAUAUUUUAGGAUAUUAAAACACUUGAUUGAUGGGGUGAUACAAUAACAUGAUUUUGCCAAAUUUUACAAUUUAAUUCACAAUCUCACAACAUCCGAAGCUGCUUUUCUACAGUUUCUUUACAUAGAAUUUCCUUUGAUCGUAAACAUCAUUUUGGGUUUGAAACAUGAAACAAAACUUACUAUCAAACUGUCAAAUUCCCUUACACAGAACUGCUUCCACUGACUCCGCUUUGCACUUUCAAUCACAUCAAAACCGGUAAAUAAGUUAUCUACAUAGUAGAAAGCAGUUACUCAAUGAAACCAGGAACAAGACUUGGCAUCUCUGCAGGGCUUGUCCUCUCCCCACCAGGUAUCUGAGCCUAUUUCCAGCUCAUCCUGCUGAUAGGAGAGGUCAUGUGGCUACUGAAAGUCGCAGGCAGGCGGAAUCGGUGCUUUUUCUUCAUUUCUUCUUCUUAACAACUCUCAGGACUUCAAAAGGAAAGGAAAGGUCUCCUUCCUUCCACACUCCACUGCAAAAUCCUCAGCUCCUAACAGCCUCGGCCCUGUUUCUUUUCCAAAGGUUGGAACAAUCUUUGCCUCUAUCCAGGGGCCUAAUCAAUCGCUUUGUGUCCAUGGAAACGAGCCCUAAACCUUUCUCAAUGGAGGCCUUUCAGAUGAGCAGCUUCACCCUCCCCCCACCCCCCUUCCGGAGCCCAGUUUCCAGCUGUAAUUUGACUCACGUUAUUUCCCUGUAGCCUUUACCCCAUAGAAGUUGUCCUCCUUCCCGUCCUGAUCUGCCCCUUCCCUUCUUGUUCACAUCUUUUUCUCCUCCAAUUCUUUUUUGAAGCUUUACCUUCCGUCUUGGAAUUAAGGUAAGGGCACUUGGGGGUAAGUGACUGACCCAGGGUCACACAGCAAGGAGGUGUCUGAGGCCGGCUUGAACCCAAGACCUCCUGCCUCCAUCCACGCCCCCCCCCCCCCAUUUUAAUUCCAAAUAGCGAGGCCUGGAGGGGGGAAGUCCCGCCCGGGUCCUGGCUUCAAAUGCCGCUCAGAAACUUCCUAGCUGUGCGACUCUGGAUAAGUCUUCUGCCUUGGAACUCCGCCUCGGUCAAUCCUGAGUCCGAGGGGAAGGCUUGGCCAGGUUCCGGGCCACGGCUCGCGCUGCCCCCUCCCCCGCCAUCUCCAGGAAUGCGGCGGUUUCUCCCUUUGGGAUCUCAGCGCCGAUCCUAAGUCCAGAAAGAGCUGAACCGGCGGAGGGACGUCCCCAAACGAUCUCGUUUCUCCCCUUACGGAGCUCAGUUUCUCCUCCCGGAAGCCCGGGCUGCGGCCGAAAGGUGCCACAGAGCCUCCCAGUAGCAGUCCGCAACCCCGAGACCCCAGAGACAUCCCGGAAGGAAUCGCCCCCAUUAUUCCUCCACGGGAUGGCGCCUAGGAGUUCUCACAGGUUCAGCCCCUCCCUCUCCAGGGCGCUAAAUCCAGGGGAGAGCGAGAGAACUGCAUUUCCCAGAAUGCCGGUGUCGUGACGUCACGCACACCUCAGCCCCUCCUCCUAUGGCAGCCCUGGGGCAUGGUGGGCUUGUCAGGAUCCAGGCUGCAGCUGGCUGGAGGGAGCCGAGGUUUGCUUCUUCCUCCGCAGCUGGAUGCAGACAGCACAUUUGAAGUGAGGAGAUGACCACCACGCUGAGCCUCUGUGGAAGGGGAUGAAUUCAGGAGGGAUUUUUCCUUUGACUUCAAUUUAAGAAAAAUCUGUGACUGAUAACAAGGGAGAAAAAAAUCCAAAGUGAUUGUGAAUUUGAUGAAACUGGAAAGAGAUUCAGACAACAUUCAAUUGUAAAUCCCUCAGGGAGUAACUGUCCUCAGGAUAGUGGAUAUAACAAAUGCUUUCCUGAAUUGGUAGAACUUCCUCAGUCCCUUUGGAAAUCUCCUGAAAUGCAAAAGUAUCAGGACAACCUAAGGGAAAUGGCCUCCAGGUGAAGUUCAGACCUCAUUAGAAAUUUAAAAAGUUAUCCUGAAGAAAUGCAUUCUCUAAGUAAUAAAGGAGGGAAGACCUUCCCACAGAACUCUAAGCUUGCUGGACAUCAGAGAAUCCACACUGGUGAGAAACCUUAUGAAUGUAAUCUAUGUGGAAAGACUUUCACCAAGAGCUCUAGUCUUACUAAACAUAAAGGAAUCCACAAUAAAAAGGGACUUCAUGAAUUUAAACAAUGUGGAAAGGUUUUGAAAGAGAAAGACAAUCUUGCUGAACAUCAGAGAAUCCAUACUGAAGAGAAACAUUUUGAAUAUAAACAUUGUGGAAAGGCUUUCACACAUGUCUCUAAUCUUAUUGAAUGCAAGAAAAUCUACACUGGAGAGCAUGGUAUGCAAAGAGAAAGUCUCUCCACCUUGAGUAUCCUCCCUGAAGAGCACCAAAAUCUAGCCCAAGGAGAGACCUUGGAACCAGAGAGAAUGAUACCUGAGACCCAGAGACCCCCAACUCAGGAGUCAGUAACGUUCCAGGAUGUGACUGUGGACUUCACCCAGGAAGAGUGGUGCAUAUUGGACCGUUCUCAGAAAAAGCUGUACAGGGAGGUCAUGCUGGAGAAUGUGCAGAAUCUGCUCUCUGUGGGGCUGCCAGUUCCCAGAGAAGAUUUGAUAUCCAGUUGUCAGCAAGGGGAAUCACCAUGGUUGUUAGAACAAAAAGGCACAAGGAGCUUUUGUCCAGAUGCAGAAACCAGUUUUGAAGUGAAGGAGAUGUCUACAAAGCUGAGCCUUGUUGUGAAAGGAUCUGGUAAGCAAAGAUUUAUGAAUGAGGAUCCCUAUGACUUCAUUUUAAGAGAAAGCUGUAAGUCUAAUAUCAAGGUAAAUAAAAAUCCAAAUAAUGACUGUGAAUUUGAUGGAAUUGCAGAGAAAUUCAGACAAUAUUCAAUCCUAAAUCAAUAUAAGAAAAUGACCUCUGGAAAUGAUUAUCAGAAUAAUGACUACAACAAAUACUUCCCUGAAAAAGCAGAACUCCUUCAGUCCCAUGGAAAACCUCCCGAAAGACCCAUUUAUCAAGAUAAUCUAGAGGAGAUGGCUUUUACUUGGAGAUCCAGUGUCAUUAGAUAUCCAAAAAGUAAUUCUGGAAAGAAACUUUCUGUGAGUAGUAAAGAUAAUAAGGGCUUCAGGCAGAACUCUGAACGUGCUCGAGAUCAGAGAAUCCACACUAGAGAGAAACUUUAUGAAUGUAAAGAAUGUGGAAAGGCUUUCACCCAGAGGAGCAGUCUUGUUGAACAUCAAAGAAUCCACACUGGAGAGAAACCUUAUGAAUGUAAACAAUGUGGAAAGGCUUUUACAGUGAGGGGCCAUCUUAUUGUACAUCAGAGAAUCCACACUGGAGAGAAACCAUUUAAAUGUAAACAGUGUGGAAAGGCUUUCAGACAGAAGGGCAAGCUUGCUGUACAUCAAAGAAUCCACACUGGGGAGAAACCUUAUGACUGUAAAGAAUGUGGAAAGGCUUUCACAACAAGCUACAGUCUUGCUUUACAUCAUAGAAUCCAUACUGGAGAGAAACCAUUUAAAUGUAAACAGUGUGGCAAGGCUUUCACACAGGGGGGCUCUCUUGCUGAACAUCAAAGAAUCCACACUGGGGAGAAACCUUAUGACUGUAAAGAAUGUGAAAAGGCUUUCACAACUAGCUACAGUCUUGCUGUACAUCAGAGAAUCCACACUGGAGAGAAACCUUAUGAAUGUAAGCAGUGUGGAAAGGCUUUUAAAGCGAGUGCCCAUCUUGCCAGACAUCAGAGAAUACACACGGGAGAGAAACCAUUUAAAUGUAAACAGUGUGGAAAGACCUUCACACGGAGCUCUAAUCUUAUUGAACAUCAUAGAAUCCACACUGGAGAGAAACCUUAUGAAUGUAAACAAUGUGGUAAGACUUUUACAGUGAGGGGCCAUCUUGCUAUACAUCAUAGAAUCCACACUGGAGAGAAACCAUUUAAAUGUAAACAGUGUGGAAAGGCUUUCACACAGCGGGGCUCUCUUGCUGAACAUCAAAGAAUCCACACUGGGGAGAAGCCUUAUGACUGUAAAGAAUGUGAAAAGGCUUUUGCAACUAGCUACAGCCUUGCUGCACAUCAUAGAAUCCACACUGGAGAGAAACCUUAUGAAUGUAAACAGUGUGGAAAGACCUUCACACAGAGCUCCACUCUUGCUGCACAUCAGAAAAUCCACACUGGAGAGAAGCCUUAUGAAUGUAAACAGUGUGGAAAGGCUUUCACACAGAGUUCAGGUCUUGCUGCACAUCAGAAGGUCCACACUGGGGAGAAACCUUACGAAUGUAAACAGUGUGGAAAGACCUUCACACGGAGCUUUAGUCUUACUGAACAUCACAGAAUCCACACUGGAGAGAAGCCAUUUAAAUGUAAACAGUGUGGAAAGGCUUUCACAACUAACUCUAAUCUUACUGAACAUUAUAGAAUCCACAGUGGAGAGAAACCAUUUAAAUGUAAAGAGUGUGGUAAAGCUUUCACAGAGAAUCGCAUACUUGCUGCACAUCAGAGAACCCACACUGGAGAGAAACCUUAUAAAUGUAAACAGUGUAAAAAGGCUUUCACAUGGAGGAGCUCUCUUUCUACACAUCAGAGAAUUCACACUGGAGAAAAACUAUGAAUGUAAUCAGUUUGGGAAUUCUUUCACAUAUAACUCCACACCUGCUAAAUGUCACACUGGAGAAAACGUGACAGACAUGUAUGAACCUUAACUGGCAGUUGGAUAAAUAACUGACUGAUUAAAAAACAGAUUUAAGUAGGUGGAAGGUGAUUAAUGAUUAUUGGUUAAUGCUUAUUGAUUAACUUAGGUAGUUAGAUAGUGGGUAUAUUCUUAGAUAGACAGAGUAGGUACAUAGGCCAGGCCUGGCCUGGAAGAACACAUUGCCCUCAAAGGCAGAUAUAGGAUUUUUUAGAAAAUUUUCAUUAGGAUUGGGAUCUUAGGUAUAGGUAUAAGAGUUCUCUCACUUUCCUCCUUUCUAUUUCCUAUCCAAACUUUCCUCAAAAUAAACUAAGUCUUUUGUGUUUAAGAAACUAUUCUCCUUACUUUUGUUCAAACUCCUACCCCCAAAUUUUAACCCUUCACAGCCUGGUGAGCCAGUUAAGAGUUUGAUUAAUCUGUUAAUAUUCUGUUCCUUAUCAAUAAUAGGAACAAGUAGAGGUGUAACUGUGGUGCUAGAUAUCAUGGUAUGGGUAGUAAAGGAGGUGAUGCCAAUUUAUCUCAGACAACUCUCACAACCUGAGACCUUCAAUGAGAUUUUUACAUCUCACAGUUUUGGAUUGUCUCUGGUUAAUACUGCUUAUGGGAGUAUUUGUGCUGUCCACAUUGUUUCAAGGGUAGCAACUGUAUCAAGUAUUUAGUUCAAUCCUUACUAAGAAAAGGAAACAACUAAAAGAGUAAUUAAUGAAGACUAAAGAUUGCAUCUCUCAUUUGACUAAAACUAUUGUCCAACAAAACGAAACUAUCUCUAAAGUGGCUCAACUUGAAAAUAGAAUCUUUCAAAUGGCUAGAACUAUUAUGCAACAAAAUGAAACUAUCUCUUACUUGACCCAACCUGCCUCUCCUACUAUUUCUAAUUCUCCCACCCAGGCAGCUAAUCCUAAAAAUCAAAAGAAAGAAGAUACUAAUCCUAGCAUAUCCCCUUUAAGAGAAGUACCAACUUUUGAUCCAAAAAAGAAAGAGUAACUUCGGCAUCACAAACAAUUUACCCCUCAGGAUAUGGAGGGAUUUAAGUGCAACAUUCCUUCUUUUGAGGAGGAGCCCAUAGCCAUAGAGAUGAUAUGCAGGCAAUUUGAUCCAACCUGGAUUGAUUUUGAAUAUCUUCUAGAUGAGUUACUAACAAAAAGGGAAAAGGUUAAAGUUAUCAGAUGUACCAGUGAGGAGUGGGGUGCAGUUGAUUGGCCUGAGAAUGAUCCUCAUUGGGACUUUACCGGGGAAAGCAACUAUGUAAGAUUGUGCCAAACUAGGGAAACAGUUCUUUUUUUUUCUUUAAUUGAAAAUUUUUUAAUUAAAGUAUUUUUCCAUGGUUACAUGAUUCAUGUUCUCUCCCCCCCCCCCCAUUGCUGAUGCCCAAUUCCACUGGGUUUUACAUGUAUAAUCGAUCAAGACCUUUUUCCAUAUUAUUGACAUUUGCACUAGGGUGAUCAUUUAGAGACUACAUCCCUAAUCAUAUCCCCAUCAAUCCAUGUGAUCAAGCAGUUGUUUUUCUUCUGUGUUUUAUUUCCACAGUUCUUUCUCUGGAUGUGUAGAGAGUUCUUUCUCAUAAGUCCCACAGAAAUGUCCUGGAUCAUUGCAUUGUUACUGGUAGAGAAGUCCAUUAUAUUCGAUUGUACCAGAAUGUAUUAGUCUCUGUGUAUAAUGUUCUCCUGGUUCUGCUCCUUUCACUCUGCAUCAGUUCCUGGAGGUCGAUCCAGUUCUCAUGAAAUUCCUCCAGUUCUUUAUUUCAUUGAACACAAUAGUAUUCCAUCUCCAACAGAUACCACAAUUUGUUUAGCCAUUCCCUAAUUGAAGGGCAUCCCCUCAUUUUCUAAUUUUUUUCCCCCACAAAGAAUAAGACUAUAAAUAUUUUUGUACAAGUCUUUCCCUAUUAUCUCUUUGGGGUACAAACCCAGCAGUGCUAUGGCUGGAUCAAAGGGCAGACAGUCUUUUGGGCAUAAUUCCAAAUUGGCAUCCAGAAGUGUUGGAUCAAUUCACAACUCCUCCAGUAAUGCAUUAAUGUCCCAAUUUUGCCACAUCCCCUCCAACAUUUAUUACUUUCCUUUGCUGUUAUAUUAGCCAAUCUGCUAGAUGUGAGGUGGUACCUCAGAGUUGUUUUGAUUUGCAUUUCUCUUAAUAUAUAAGAGAUUUAGAACACUUUUUUAUGUGUUUAUUUAUAGUUUUGAUUUCCUUAACUGAAAAUUGCCCGUUCAUGUCCCUUGCCCAUUUAUCAAUUGGGAAUAAAUUGAUUUAACUCCUCAUAUGUUUGAGUAAUUAGGACUUUGUUAGAGGUUUUUCUUAUAAAGAUUUUUCCCAAUUUGUUACUUCCCUUCUAAUUUUGGUUUCAUUAGUUUUGUUUGUACAAAACCUUUUUAAUUUGAUGUAAUCAAAAUUAUUGAUUUUACAUUUUCUGUUUUUUUUCUAGCUCUCCCUUAGUUUUAAAAUCUUUCCUUUCCCAAAUAUCUGGCAUGUAUACUAUUUUGUGUUCAUCUAAUGUACUUAUAGUUUACUUCUUUAUAUUCAAGUCAUUCACCCAUUCUGAGUUUAUAUUGGUGUAGGGUGUGAGAUGUUGAUCCAAACCUAAUCUCUCCCAUACUGUUUUCCAAUUUUCUCAGCAGUUUUUGUCAAAUAGUGGAUUUUUGUCCCCAAAACUGGAAUCUUUGGGUUUAUCAUAGACUGACUUGCUGCAGUCACUGAUCCUCCCUUCUGUCUCUAAGUACCAUAUUGUUUUGAUGACACUGCUUUAUAGUAUAGUUUAAGACCUGGUAUUGCUAGGCUGCCUUCCUUCACGUUUUUUUUUUCAUUAUGUAGGAAAGCAGUUCUUAAUGUGAUCAGAGCAUGUUCAGAUAGACCUGGUACUUGGACUAAGUUUGAAAAAUUAAAGUAAGUGAUAGGAGAAAAUCAUUCACAGUUCAUGGACAAACUUAUAGAACUGGGAGGAAGAUACAUAGACAUAGACUUGAUCAGAGAAAGAGAUAUUAGACAAUUGAGAAGGGAGUUUGUAAAAGAUUGCAAGAAGUAUUUCAAAACCAGUUGCCUUAACUGGAUGAAUAUGUACCUUUAUGAAUUAAGGAGCGUGGCAGUUUAUUUUUAUAAUGGGCAUGAAAUUAAAGAUGCCAAUGAUAGUGAUUUGGUUGAUGCAUUAAGAAAGAUAAAAGUUUUAAAGGAAAAAUUGAAAGACUUCAAGAAGAAGAUGCAAAUUUUGGGUUAGCUAUGGCUUUGGUGCAAGAAUAUAAAACCCACAGAAUAUAUACAAACUAGAGACCAGUGUAUUAACAUCUGUGGAAAAGGGGGAGACCUGAUGAUAAAUUGCAGAUGCUGGAAUCAAAUAUUCAGCAAUUUAGAAAUAAUGGUAUGUGAAGAUAAUUUUAGGGUUGUGACAAAAUCCAGAUUUAAUUGGCUGCUAGGGGAAAUCCCAAAUAAAAUACCCAAGUUAGUCUGGAAAUUUAUGGUAAUUUAAUUAAUAUAGAGGGAAAUUAAGGAGGAGGGAAGAGGAUAUAGGAUUUCUCAUGCCUGGCCUGUGCCAGGGGGAGUUUAAAAUUCCUGCCUCUAGGUCUCUGAAGAAGAUUAGAGGCUUCUAAGAGAAUAAAGUUGGAAAAGUAAAGGAGGGAAACUCAGUCAGAAAUUCAUCACCGAAUUGGACAAUUGCUCAUAGCCACACUAAGAUGCCGAAAGGCCCAGCAGGCUGCUAUCAGCCAACUCUGCUGCAAAAGGUACUGGAGAGAGGAAAUGAGCCAAUAUAUAGAUCUUUCACCCUUGUGUCCACUCCUCUAAAUGCCCAUUCUUUAGUUCUCAUUUCCUUUAAUUAGAUUAUAUCUUUAGAGUUACUUAACACUUCUUUGUUAAGUUCACCUUUUGUGAGUUAAACUUUUUUGAUUAAUUUGACCUUUAUAGUUACUUAACACCUUUUUGUAUUAAGGUCUUAAAAUAGACUUAGCUUAAAAUUCUAGCUUCACUAUAAGGUAAGAGUUAAGAACCUUCAUCGUUGAAUCAGGAGAUUACAACUUUAUCUUCCCCUAAAGUACGGUCUAAGUAGGGUGGAGUAAUUUAGAGUUCCCAAGACAUUCCUGAUUUUGUUAAAGUAAGUAUUUUCAUUGUUAUCAUCAGGAAAUAGCUAAAUUCAAUCUUCACAGGUAGGAACUUUAGUAAUAACUAUUCUAGGAAAAUCAACUAUUUUAGAAAUAAUAACAAAAUUUCUGAAAUAACAAUUUUGAAAAUUAUGGAAAUGAUAGAAACAGUAACCAAACUGAAGCAAAUGACUUGUUAACAAUAUAUCCGUAAUGGGGCAUGCCCUCGAAAUAGCCAAAGGUACUUUCGAGAGGAAUCUCAGAGAGGUGGGCAUGGAUCUUGUGAGAGUAAAACUGAAUGACUACUCCAAGUAUUUAAAUUCAUAGAAUUUAAUAACAACAAAGUUACAGAGAAAGGGGUUCCUUCAGCUGAGUGAUCAGAGCAAAGAGCCAGAGACUCACACCUGCCGCACUUUACCAAAGCAAAAACCCAAAAAGAACCCACAUUGUGAGUUUCAGCAAAAUUUCUCUCCAAAGCUUAAAGACUCAUCGUGAGGAUGCAAUUUAAAAGGAUUCUGGGUAAAUGUAGUUCAGGUGUAUCAAAUUUUCUAUUUGUAUAUUUGCCCCCCCCCCCCCAAUCAUUUGGGAGAUCAGUCUCCGCAGUGGAUCAUUUUAAACAUAAUUAACUUAAAACUUUAAAGAUUUUUAACUAAAAGUAUAUAUAAUGUUGCAGUUUCUAAAGUGAAAUUAUAACAAUUUGGGCAUGAAAGAAAAUUUAAAAAAACAAUGUUAGGUGCAUUGACAAAAAGCCAAUUAGGGAGCAGUCCCCUUUUGCAUGAGACUGUACAUUCCAAAAUAAAUGCAUUCAACCCCCUGUAGUUCAAAUUCAUCAUAUCUCAAAGUUCACUCUGGAUCUUUUAGUGCAGCAUGUGGUCUCUGCAUGAAUCUUUGUGGUGCUUUCUCCAAAAACAUUCACCUUCUGGAUUCUGAGAGGUAGUCUCUUGUUCCAAAUUAGGCUCAAAUUCAAAUAAAAAUUCACAACAAUAACAUAGACCGCUGAGGAUACAGGGAUGCAUAUAGGAAUCACACAGGGAUACAUGGUUGAGUUAUAAGGCAUAUGAAUCAAUUAUUAAAAACAUCAAAGAAAACAAAUUAAAAAAUAACCACUGAGUGAAAUCUAGAAUAUCAAAAAUGUGAAAAAUUCUAGGAAAAAAUUCACAAAUUACAUCAGGUUCUUAUAACGAUCCAUGUCCCAUAAGCCUGCAACAACUAUCACUCAGUAACCCAAUUUAGCAGUCUAGACUAUAGUAAGUUGUCACAUUAUAAAAGAAAUAGAACAAGAGACUAGAUAUCAAAAUAAAUGGGAAAUAGUAUUCCCUGGUUUGACCCUUUGCUUUCUAGGAUAAUAGAGCCAAAACAGUUGAAGUUAUGGACUUGAUAGAGAGUGUGGUACAAAGAAGUCCUGCAUUUAACACAUGUUAAACAGCCUCAACCUUGAGCCUCAGACAUGAUCAGUCAUUGCACUUUUUGCACAGAAUGUCAUCAGUCCCCUUAGGAAUGGUUUGGCUCUAUUACCUUUUUGUGCUUGUGUGGCACAUCACAGGUCAACUUCUGUGCUCCUUUGUGAUCCAUUUUUCCUUGAUUCAGAUAUAUUCAUCCAGCAAAAGUCAUAAUAUUUAAAUAACUAGUGGUAGGUUGCAAUAGGCCAAAGCUUUUUGGGUACGCGUUUAUAUGCUAGGCAAAUGGACAUCUUAGCUUAUUCUAUUGCAAAAAUCAAAAGUUAAAAAAUCUUUUCAAUACUGGGGACAUGUGCUUCAAAUAUAAAAUAUGAGAGAUAAAACUCAAACAUUAUCACACAUGCAGGAAGAAAAACAAUAAUGACAAAUAUAAAAAAUGUAUUUCACAAUCACAGAGGUAACGUAUAGAGGCUACUUUCCAAAAAAUAAGAAUCAUUUCCUCUUUAAGUUGCCAUCAUCUCCAGUGUGAGUGCAAAUGAGGUAGAUAAAGCAAUGGAGGUAUAACAGCAAUAAUACGUUCAAGAAAAUACAAAAAAAAAGUUAUAGAAGGCACAAAAUGUUACAAAAAGCACACCAGGUCAAUCAAUAUAGGUCACUAAUAUAGAUUUUCUGUCUUUCUUUCUUUUUUGGUAAUAUAUGUUUUGUCCUAUAAGGGCAAUUUGUUCAAGUAGAAGGAUCAACCAAAUAUAGUGCAACAAAAUAGUACAGAUCCAGCAAUAGGGAAGUCUUAUCACAAUCAAUAGUCAAGUACAAUCAGUAUAGGCAGUUAUUCAUUAUCAACAAUGAAUACAUGAGUCUCUCCCCAAUUUUAAUGGCUGUUGGUGUAGUCAAUAGGACUUGGAAUGGUCAUUCAUAGGCAGCUUCAGUUGACCCAGUACAUUUGAAAUUCUCUAUGUACAUGCUAUCACCUGGGUUUAAAUCACGAAGCGAGAAGCCUAUGGGGCCUACCUGAACAGCAGCUCCAGAGUCAUGGACUUCUUGCAAUUGCAUUUGUAAUUGUCUGAUAUAUGUAGCAAUGGUUGUGUCUCCUCCUCACAAUGAUGUAUAGGCAGGUAUAAAUGGUUGUACCUAAAUAGGUGAAUGUCCAAAUAGCAUCUCAAAGGUGAGAUGUGUAAAUCACCUCUGGGUCGGCUUCUGAGAUAAAAUAAGGUCAGAGGUAAGAUUUUAGGCUGUUUUAAAUGAGACUUUGUACACAAUUUUCAGAUCAUAAUUUUAAGUUCUUUAUUCAUUCUUUCAACUUAGCCAGACCUCUAGGGAUGGUAUGGUGUGUAAAAUUUAGGAGUUAUCCCAAAACAUGUAUAAAUUUGCAAUAAGACCAAUUCGGUAAAAUGAGUUCCUCUAUCUGAAUCAGUACGGGCUGACUGACCAAAAUGAGGAAUAAUUUCUUUCAAGAGGACUUUAGUAGCAAAAGCUGCUUUAGUCCGAGCAGUAGGAAAUACUCCAGGCCACCUGAUCAGCUGAUUAACUAUGACCAGACAAAAUUUAUAUUGUCCAGCUGUUGACAUAGAGAUAAAAUCAAUUUGUAAAUGCUCAAAUGGUAUAUAAGCAAGGCUACCAUGAAAAGCAUGCUGAUUAAAGGCCUGAUAGGUUGGACAAACUGUACAUACUUUGGCAGUUAAGAAUUGUGUAAAAACCGUUGGGCUGUCCAUGAGCCAUUGGGCUCAUGGGGACAGUAGACCAUGGCCCAGGUCUACUGAAAACCCUUCCAGAUGAAAGCAAAGAUAUGCCUGGAAUCUUCAUGUAUAGGUAUAAAAAAGAAAGGAACACAAGUCUACUACAGUAAAGUAUGUAGGUGUGCUAGCAAUAGAAGAAAUAAUAGUGUUUAUAUUGGAAACUAUGGGGUGUCUUUUUAUAACAUGAUUGUUCACAGCCCUCAAAUGCUAGAUGAAUCGAUAGACAUGCUUGCCAUUGAGCAAUUCUGGCUUUUUAACAGGCAGGAUGGUCAUAUUGUAUUCAGAUUUACAGGGAAUUAUGAUGCCUUGGUCAAUUAGUGAAUUUAUUGCCAGGGUAAUGCCCUCAACUGCCUCCUUCUAGAGAGGGUACUGAGGAAUGGAAGGAGGUGGGCUAGAUUUUGUUUUAAUUUGGACAGGGUCAGCUGAUUUAAUGAAGUAAACAUCAGAAGAUGAUGUGGCCCAUAGAAACUCAGGUACAUCAGAUGGGAUUUCAAAAGUGGGAGACUUAUUCUCAUGACUGAAAGAAGUACGGGGAGCAAAGUUAAGGAUUCCUCAGACAAUUCCAGUAACAUGAUGGAUCCAUCUGGAGAGGAAGUUAUUGUGGCUCUAAGCUUGCAUAAAAGCUCUCCCCAUCAAAUUUAUAGGGCAGCCAGGUAUCAAGACAAAAGAGUGCUCCACAGACAGGGGUCCUAUAGACACCAUCUUAGGAGAAAGCUUUGGAACCUUUAGGGGUGUCUCCUGUGAAUUUGAAAUCUGUUGCCUUAAAAAUUACCAUUCCCAGGAGUCUACUCACUUUCUGUCUUUUAAGUGCUGACAUAAACAGGAGAUAAAUUGGGUGGAGUUCUGUGUCUAGGUCUCUUUUCCUUCCUGUCUGCAGCUUUGGUGGAGCUGGAAUUUUGAGCAGGUAGAAAACAUAGUCAUGUGGUUCUAUUUUGACAGAUAUAAAUGUUAUUAAAAAUAAUACUUGAAGUAUUGGACAUUAAUUUAACUCUUACAUCCCAAUACAAUCUGAAAUAGGUGUACUCCUCAGUACAGGUCUUAAGGUUCCAGUGUCCAAAGGACAAUCAUAAUAAGCAUUACCAACCUUUAGUGUUAUAUGAGGCUCAUUAGUAUGGGGGGUUCAGUGGAUAGGGAAAAGGGGCAGUAAGACAUCAUUGUCUAGACAAUCAAAAGCUGUAUCCUAUGAUUCCUGUGCCUCAACCCUUCCCCUACCCAUACACUUUUAUAAUCUUUAGUAAGUUCCUUGGGUUCCCCCUUGAGGGGCAUUAGCACCCUGACUACUGUUGAGGGGAUGUUUGGUUUUAAGUUAUCAGUUACCUGAUUUAUAUUCCUCGAAUUGUUAUCAGUCCUAAAGUUGCAAUUCCUGAAAUCAUUAUUGUAAUUAUUAUUUCUAUAAUUGUUUCUAUAUCUAUUAUUCCAUUGGAUAUUAUUUCUGAUUGCCUGGAAAAAAUUCCUACAGUUCAUCAUAAUGUGGCCCUUCUUCUCAUACAAGUGGCAGGUAAGGGAUUGAUAGGUUCUUGGAGAGAGGCUAGUGCCAUUAGUUGAGUAUCCCCUUUGAACUUCUCCUUUGGAGUUCAUCUUUGGAGACUGCUUUGGUGAGCUGGACUGAAGGAGGUGACUCCUUCCCGGGAACCUGCAUUGGCUUGUAGUUGAGUAGCUGGCCUUCCUUUCCUGGCUUAUGGAGAUUCCUGCCUUGGCUUUGAGGGAGGCUACAUUAGUAGACUCCUGGCUGAAGACACCACCAGGACUUCUGGCUGUGGAUUACCAGGAAAAUCCAUGUAGUAACAGAGUCUCGGGGAAGCCCUGAUGGGGCUGAGCCUGGCUUCUCAGGAGAAGGGCAGGUAGGCUUAUUAGAAUCCAUCUCUUUAGCUAAAUUUUUCCACUUUCACUCUUUCUACCUCUCUGUAAAAAAAGCUGCUGAAAGUCAUUUUGACUUAAGUUGUAAUAUUUUAAAAUCGGCAACCACAGUAUUACUUUAGAAUUUUCAUAUUUAGCAUAAAAUCUAAAUUAAAAUUCUUAUAUUACCAAGAUAUAGUCAAAAUGGGUGUAUGAUUUAGAUACUAAGAGUGAUACUAUAACUAAAUUAGGGGAACAUAGAAUAGUUUACUUGUCAGAUCUUUAGAGAAGGGAAGAAUUUAUGACCAAACAAAAGACAGAGUAUUAUAAAAUAUAAAAUAAAUAAUUUUGAUUAUAUUAACAUUUAAAAGUUUUGCACAAACAAAAUCAAUGUAACCAAGAGUAUAAGGGAAAUAACAAACUGGGAACAAUUUUUAUAUAAAUUUCUCUGAUGAAGGUCUAAUUUCUCAAAUUCAUGUAGAAUUAUUGCUUCUCAGCCUUUUGGCUAAGAUCAAGUAUAGUAUUAAAUUUAUAUAGAAUUAAGCCAAAUUUAUUUUUAUUUUUAAAAUUGCAUUAUUAUUUUAUUUUAGUAACAAAUAUUCACAAAAGUUUUUCCAAAUUAUAUAAUCCAAAUUGUCGCCCUCUUUUUCCCCCUCCACCCUCCUGGAGCUGACAAGCAAUUUGAUCUGGGCUAUAUGUGUAUUAUCAUGCAAAACACAUUUUCAUAUUAUUAAUUUUUAUAAGUGAAUAAUCUUAUAAAACCAAAACCCCAGAACAUACACCUAAAAAAAGUUCUUUCUCUGGAAAUGUAUAGCAUUCUUUCCCAUUAGUCCCUCAGAAUUGUUCUGUAUUGCUGUUAGUAGCAAAGUCUAUCACAUUUGAUUGUUCCACAAUACUGCUGUUACUUUGUAUAAUGUUUUCCUGGUUCUACUUAUUUCACUCUGCCUAGAUUCAUGUAGUUCUUUCUAGUUCUUUCUGAAAUCAUACUGUUCAUCAUUCCUUAUGACAAUAAUAUUCCAUCACCAUCAUAUGCCAUCAUUUGUUCAGCCAUCUUCAAUUGAGGAAUAUCCCUUCAAUUUCCAAUUCUUCACCACCACAAAAGGAGCCAUUAAAAGUAUUUUUGUACCAAUAGGUCCUUUCCAUUUUUUAAAAAUCUCUGUGGGAUACAAAACUAGUACUGGGUAAAAAAGUAAUGUAUUAUUUUAUAGCUCAUUAGGCAUAAUUCUGAGUUGCUCUUGCCCUCCUGAAUGUUUGGGGCAGUUCACAAUUCUACCAGCAAAGCAUUAGUAUCCCAGUUUGGGGACAUCCCUUUCAAUAUUUAUCAUUUUCCUUUACUGUCAUAUUGGCCAACAUGAAUGGUAUGAGUUGAACCUAGAGUUGUUUUAAUUUGCAUUUCUCUAGUCAAGAGUGAUUUAGAACAUUUUUUUUCAUGAGAUUAUUGAUAGUUUUGAUUUCUUCUGAAAACUGCCUAUUCCUAUCCUUACACCAUUUCUCAAUUGGGUUAGGGUUAGGGUUAGGAAUCAUAUAAAUUUGACACCGUUCUUUAUAUAUUUGAGAACUGAAACAUUAAUUGGAGAAAUUUGUCAUAAAAAAUUUCUCCCAAUUUGAUGUUUCCCUACCAAUCUUGGUGGCAUUCGUUUUGUUUGUAUGAAAAUUUUUAAGUUUAACAUAAUCAAAAUUAUCCACUUUACAUCUUGUAAUGUUCUCUAUCUCAUCUUUGGUCAUAAAUUCUUCCCUUCUCCAUAUAUCUGACAGGUAAACUAUUCUAUGUUCCCCUGAUUGACUAAUAAUAUUGCUUUUUAUAUUUAAAUAAUAUAUCCAUACUAGUGAACUUAUGGCACACAUGCCAAGAAGGGGCACUCAGAGCCCUAUUUGUGAGCAUGUCUGCUGUUGUCCCAGCACAUAGUUCUCCAGUACUAGAACUCCAGAAGGCCAUGGGCCAGGCUGCUCCCCUCCCCGUCUCUACGUAUGCUUAAAGAUAUCACCCACCCCACUAAAAGGUUCACCAACACUGUCAUAUAGUGAUUUUGUUAAGUCAAAUUUAUACAACCAGAAACCAUUCCCCAAUUGACAAAUGAUCAAAGGAUAUGAAGAAGCAAUUUUCAGAUGAAGAAAUCAAAGUUAUCAAUAAUCAUAUGAAAAAAUGUUCUGAAUCCUCUAUACAAGAAAACUGAAAGUUAACUCUUGGAUACCAUUUCUCCUCUAUCAGGUUGGCUAAUAUCACAUUAAAGGAAAGUGAUGAAUGUUGUAAUGGAAGUGGCAAAAUUGGUACACAUGCAUUUCUGGUAGAGUUGUAAACUGAUCCAAUGAUUCUGGGGAAAGUUUAGAACUAUGCCCAAAGGGGUAUAAAACUGCAUACCCUUUGGUCCUGUAAUACUACUACUUGGUCUCUAUCCCAAAGAGAUAAUAAAAAAGGGGACAGGACCUACUUGUACAAAAAUAUUUAUAGAAGGUCUUUUUGUAGUGGCAAAUAAUUUGAAAUUAUGGGGAUGUCCAUCAUUUUGGAAAUGACUGAACAAGUUGUGACCUAUGUUGAUUAUGGAAUACUAUUGUUCUAUAAGAAAUGAUAAACAAGAUAAUUUCAGAAAAAGCUGGAAAGAUCUAUGUGAACUGAUGCAAAGCAAAAUGAGCAGAACUGGGAGAACACUAUACACAUUAACAGCAAUAUUAUACAAUGAUCAUUUCUGAAAAUCUGGCUACUCUCAGCAAUGCAGUGAUCUGGGUAAUUCUGAAAAACUUAUGAUAGGGAAUGCUGUACACCUCCAAAAAAAGUGUUGGAUUCAUCUUUCACAUCUGUGUGUUUAUGGUUUUAUUUUGGGAUUUUAGUUAGGUAUGAGUUUCUCUUUAAACUGUGACCAAUAUGGAAGUGUAUUUUGCAUGACUAUAAAAUAAAAAUUAAAAAAUACUACAGACAUAAAAAGCAAUUUGGAGACUAUACCAUUUGGUGUAUAUAGGCUUAGUAUUGAUAUGACUUCAUUGUCUGUGUUAACUUUUACCAAGAUGUAAUUUCCUUCCUAUCCCUUUUAAUUAUAUUUUUGCUUUAAAUUUGUCAGGAGAGCCCAGAAAAAAACUCUGUUCUGUAAGGAUAAUUUUAGGGUGGUGACCUAAUCUAAAUUAAUUUUUGGCACCAGGGAAUAUCCCAAAUAAAAUACCCAAGUCAGUUUGGAGAUUUAUGGUGGUUUAAUUAAUAUAGAGGGAAGGAAUUAAGGAGAGGGAAAAAGUAUAGGAUUUCUCUUGCCUGGCCUGUGCCAGGGGGAGUUCAAAUUCUUCUGCCACAAGGUCUCUAAAGAAGAUUAGUGGCUUUCUAAAAGAAUAGUGUUUGGAAGGUAAAAGAGAAAGAAUAAGCCUAAACUCUGAGAGAGCUAAGUAAAGAUGCCUCACCUGAACUAGGCUACUCAGCUUCCUCCAGUAUGGUAUCAAGGAAAACUCACUGCUAAAACCAGACUAUAGCAUCCGCCACGCCAAGAUGCCGAAAUGCUCAGCACACUGCCACCAGCCACCUCUCUGCUUCCAAAGAGGCUGGAGAGAGGAAGUGAUACAAAAUAUACAGAUGGUUUUUGCAUCACUUUCCUGUGUCUCACAUGUACCAAUGGUACCUUAAGCUUGACUUGGGACAGCCCAAGGGUCUGUCGGUUAUUUCUGAUUUGUCAUGUGCUAGCAAAUGUCUGUCAUAGGCCAUCCUCCUAAACACUUAAUCCUUAAGUAUGGGUGUAGACAUUCCUGUUUUUGUUAGACUAAGUAGAAUGGAGUAAUCUAAAUUUCACAAUACCCCUGAUGAUCAUUGGGAGACUAGUCUCCCCAAUUGAUCACUAAACAUAAUCAUCCUGCACUUCCAAAUUUUCUAACUGCAGGUGCAUACAUAAUUUAACCUUCUAAGAGGAAACUACAAUAGUUAGCUAGAAGAGGGAAAUAGAAAGACAGACAGCAAAACCAAUGUUUGCUGGGCGCAUUGACAAAAACCAAUUAGGAGACAGUCCCCUUUUGGCAUAGGAGUAUACAUUCAAACAAAUGUUCAAUCAAACUUCAGUUCAAUCAACCAUACCCAAAGUUCAUUCUGGAUCUUCUUGAUGUAGUAUAGGUUUUCUGGCAUCUUUCUGCAACAGUUCAUUCUCUGGAUUUAGGAGUUAGCAAGCUUCUUCCUUGGAGAUCUUUUCUCGAACAAAAUUUCAAAAUUUUGAAUUUUUAUUAAAAUACAAUCCCCCCAGAAGUGGGUGUUAAGAAACAUCCAGUUCAGCUCAGGAUGCAUGGUUGACUUAUGGGGGUUGUAUGUGUCAAUUAUCAAAAGAAGAGAAAAAAAAGAAAAAAAAACCCAAAACAGAAAGAAAAAAAUGGAAGAAAGUUAAACUUUUGGGAGAAAGAAAAAAUAAAUAAAAUAAAAUAAAAAU